CGUAACAAUAAUUCCAAAUCCAAUUAGGAAUUCAACACAGCGCAUAUACAUAUACAUAGAUGAUAUACCCUACUUCCCUUCAUAGCCGAAUCAGUGUUUCGUCCAAUUGCUCAAACUCGCGAUUAGACCAAGGAGGCCUCGCCGGGAAGAAGUUCUUUGUCAGCCGCUGUCCGCCCCGGGAUCUUCGGACAGGGGAAGGUCAGCCGUGGUCGCACUGUCGUCAAUCGUGGUCGCCCGUAAAACAGCCGCAGACCAGAGUCAGAAGGAAACAGCUCGACACCGCCGCCGUCGUCCUGUGUCGCCGCUGCCAUUGGGAUCGCCGGAAACAACCCGACCAACUGAUUCUUGUUUUGUUUAAUUUGCCAAUUAAUUGAGGUAACACGAAUGAAGAAUAAGGAACUAUCCUGGAGGACAGCGAGGGCGAAGAGAUAGAUGGAUGCUAGGUGGAGGAGUUAUCUAAUUUAAUAUUUAAGUUUGAAUUAUUAUAUUCUUAAGGGCAAGAACCCAAAGUUGUAUUUUGACUAAGUACUUAAAGGCUUCCGCACCGUUUUGAUUUACUCUGAUGGAUAUUUAAAUAUUGUUUUGAAUUAAAUGUUUUAAAUUGUU